UUUCACAAGCUCUCUCAGCUUGUGCUCUCUUCUGUUAGUUUUUUGGGUGUUUUCCAGCAAAAGCUAUGCUAGCUAGUGAUAGUAAGCGGUUAAGAAACAAACUUAUUUUCUAAUACUUAUGGUGACUGUAAAAAGGAAGGAAGAAGAAGAGCAGUGGGCCCCCAGCUGAUUUGUGCAAAACUGUACACAGGUGAUUUUUGCAUAUAAGUGAUGGCGUUUAAUAAUUUUAAAAAAUUAAAUGCUUUACUAAAAUUUUCAAACUUGCGGUGUGUAUUGAAUGCCUGCAAGCAAUUACAUAUUGGCCAACAAUAUAAAAAAUAUGAAGAUAAAAGCAGGAAGCAAUCAGACAGCAGUAGGAGCAAGAUAUGGAGAUGCAAAUUUCUAUCGAUAGCAGCUGUCUCAGCAUUAUCAGCCUCCCUAGUUUAUAACCAAAAGGAUUGUAUUAUGCCACAUAUAUCUGCUUUCACAUCUCCGCCGCUUUCAGGGCGACGAAAGCAAUAUAAUUUUCUUGCUGACGUGGUGCACGCAUGUGCACCAUCCGUAGUGUAUAUCGAGAUUAAGGAUAUGCGUCAAUUUGAUUACUAUACUGGAAAACCAGUUACUGCGUCAAACGGUUCAGGGUUUAUAAUCGAUUCUAAUGGACUUAUACUAACCAAUGCACAUGUAGUUAUAAAUAAGCCACACACAAUGGUGCAAGUUAGAUUAAACGAUGGUCGCACUUUCCCUGGCGUAGUAGAAGAUAUAGAUCAAACUUCUGAUUUGGCUACGGUACGUAUUCAGUGCAAAGAUUUACCAGUCAUGUCUCUCGGGCAAAGUUCGACAUUGCGCUCAGGGGAAUGGGUUGUGGCACUUGGUAGCCCUUUAGCUUUGAGCAAUACAGUAACAGCCGGCGUUGUUAGUUCAACGCAAAGGCCGUCGCAAGAACUUGGACUGAAAAAUCGUGAUAUUAAUUAUAUACAAACCGAUGCAGCCAUAACUUUCGGAAAUUCAGGCGGGCCACUAGUAAACCUAGAUGGCGAAGCUAUAGGUGUAAAUUCAAUGAAAGUAACUGCGGGUAUUAGUUUUGCCAUACCAAUUGACUAUGUCAAACUUUUUCUAAAUCGAGCUGAAGAACGUAGGAGGCAGGGUGUCAGCAAAAUGGAUUAUCCCGCUAAACGUUAUAUGGGAAUAACAAUGCUUACGCUAACACCUGAUAUACUUUUUGAAUUAAAGAAUCGCACACAGAAUGUGCCGAGUGACUUAAGCCAUGGUGUUCUGGUGUGGAAAGUAAUUAUUGGAUCGCCGGCACAUACUGGUGGUCUUUAUCCGGGUGAUAUAGUUACAAAAAUUAAUGAUAAGGAAAUUAAAAAUUCAUCAGAUGUUUAUGAGGCUUUAGCUUUAAAGACAAAGUCGCUGGAUAUAACGAUUUUCCGCGGCUUAAAGAAAAUGACUGUAAAAAUUGUCCCAGAAGACCCUUAAAACCAUUUGCAGUCACGACUUUUGUCCUUCAGCAGAAUCGUAUUUUCCAUGGCCGUCAAAAUUCAACUGCACUGCCUCAGAUAGCUGACAGCGAUAAAAUUGCCGCAAUUAUUUACCUAUAUACGUUUGUAGUAACUAACUUUAUUUUAAGCAGUCAAUAGCUACGUUCAAGAAUGAAAGCAAACAAAUAUAAAAAGAAGUUACAACAAAGCAAUGUAAAAAGUUAUUUAACGAAAACCAUUACAUGUGUAUUUGGCAUGUUCAAUAUCUGCCAAUAACCUUAUUAAAACUCCACUUCCUUUGCACGUUUCAACUAUUGGUGAAAUCAUACGUUAAUCGUCAGAGUUUAAUUUUCUUUAGAUCGAAUUGACAAAUCUAUCAAAAGCUCGUAUGCAAGUUAAGCCAUUUACAGCUAAUUUAAUGGGGUUCACAUUAGCUGGAAUUGGCUUUUGUAAACAAAAUAGCAUUUACCACAGAGCUAUGCUCCCGUUUCAAAUAUGAUAUCGACUGCUAAAUAAGCAUUUUACUCUUAGAUUGUAAAUAUUAACUGUUAAUCUAGAUUAAGACAUUUUAGGGAAUAGAGAAUAAAAAACAUGUAAAGCAAUAAAAAAUUUGACAUCCGAAAAACGAAAAAA